GGCUCUUUGUGGAAACGCUAACCUAAGUUUUGAGUCGGUGGAGGUCGGUGUGCUAACCUCCUCUCUCCAGCCGCUCUAGUGAGCUGUGCUCCAGCGUUUUUGGGGGUCAGUGAAGGGUAGACUGACAUCACCCCGCUUUCCCCUUUUUGGAAAAAUGUCUUGAUAUUUGCUGUGACAGGGGCAGCCUGGAACUAGCCUUUCCCACACCUUUGGCAGGAUCGCCUGUCAGUGUCUCCCACACACUUUGUCCUGGCAAAACCCGCUGCUCAGAGAGCAGGUGGUUUAACUCUGAACUUGCCCACCCAGUUUGCCUAUCAAGGGGUCCUUUCAUGCUCUUUCCCACUAAUACUCAGCUAGGGAGCCUACUUGGAGAGGGGGCAGAAGGAAGGAGACAGGCAGGGGUCCCUGCCACCAUCCAGAGUUCCUCAGACCCUGGCACAAAGGCCUUGGCUCUGGGCCUCCAUGUGGGGAGGAGGGGCAGGAGUGCCUGGCCACAGUAUGACCUUCAGAGGCCCCCAGAGAAGGGCACCUGGCCAGGCCCUGCCUAGAACCUCCCCAUCUGGGAGGGGGUUCAAAGUUUCUUUUCCUUUCUCCAUUGGGGCCGAGAUAGAGGACCGAGGGAGAAUGUCACGAGGCUGUUGAGCCUGGUAGUUGAGGGCCUGAGGAGCAGAAUCCAGGGCCUGCCUGAGGGAGCUGCAGUGGGAGGCUAGCUCUUGAGAAGGGCCACCUCUGACCUUGGCCCUGGUGGCGAGGCUGAGGGCCCUGGAGAGACUGCAGUUGGGGGCUGUUGGUGGAGGAGAGAGACAGGCCAAGGUGGUCCCAGGCUGCACCCACGACAGAAGGAGAGCAGAAAGCCCACGAAGUGGUGAAGUUCAUGGACGUGUACAAGCGCAGCUACUGCCGUCCGAUCGAGACCCUGGUGGACAUCUUCCAGGAGUACCCUGAUGAGAUAGAGUAUAUCUUCAAGCCGUCCUGUGUGCCCCUAAUGAGGUGUGGGGGCUGCUGUAACGACGAGGCUCUGGAGUGUGUGCCCACCUCGGAGAGCAACAUCACCAUGCAGAUCAUGCGGAUCAAACCUCACCAAAGCCAGCACAUAGGAGAGAUGAGCUUCCUACAGCACAGUAGAUGUGAAUGCAGACCAAAGAAAGACAGAACAAAGCCAGAAAAAAAAUCAGUUCGAGGAAAGGGAAAGGGUCAAAAACGAAAGCGCAAGAAAUCCCGGUUUAAAUCCUGGAGCGUUCACUGUGAGCCUUGCUCAGAGCGGAGAAAGCAUUUGUUUGUCCAAGAUCCGCAGACGUGUAAAUGUUCCUGCAAAAACACAGACUCGCGUUGCAAGGCGAGGCAGCUUGAGUUAAACGAACGUACUUGCAGAUGUGACAAGCCAAGGCGGUGAGCCAGGCUGCAGGAAGGAGCCUCCCUCAGGGUUUCGGGAACCAGACCUCUCACCAGAAAGACCGACUAACCAUGUCACCACCACACCAUCAUCGUCACCAUUGACAGAACAGUCCUUAAUCCAGAAAGCCUGACGUGAAGGAAGAGGAGACUCUUCGAGGAGCACUUUGGGUCCGGAGGGCGAGACUCCGGCAGAAGCAUUCCCGGGCAGGUGACCAAGCACGGUCCCUUGUGGAACUGGAUUCGACAUUUUCUUUUACUUGCUGCUAAAUCACCAAGCCCGGAAGAUUAGGGAGUUUAUUUCUGGGAUUCCUGUAGACACACCCACCCACAUACACACACAUAUAUAUAUAUUAUAUAUAUAAAUAAAUAUAUAUGUUUUUAUAUAUAUAAAAUAUAUAUAUAUUCUUUUUUUAAAUUAACUUUGCUAAUGUUAUUGGUGUCUUCACUGGAUGUGUUUGACUGCUGUGGACUUGAGUUGGGAGGAGAAUGUCCCUGCUCGGAUCCUGAGAGGGGAGACAGUGGGAUGAAAGACUCUGGUGUGGUCUUUCGUCUUUUUGCCUGCCAGGGAACGUGUGAGGCCAGGGCACGGGGGCACACUGGCUCACUUCCAGAAACACGACAAACCCAUCCCUGGCCCCGAGUCAAGAGGACAGAAAGAUGGCAGAAAAAGAGACAAAGACGCUGGUCCCAACAGGAGUCUGGGGAGCCUCAGGACAUGGCCUGCUUCGUGGAUCCCGCUACACGCCGCCCUCUGGGCACCGCCUGGAAGAAUCGGGAGCCUGGCCAGCCUGCAGCCCACUCCUCCGCUUCCGAGGUGCCCAGGAGGCCCCCCACAGAGGCUCCUCCUCCUGGGAACCCUUCUUCUCUCCCUACCCCACUUCCUGGGUACAGCCCAGGGGAACCUCGUGUGCUCAGACCAUUGAAACCACUAGUUCUGUUCCCCAGGAGACUUGGCCGUGUGUGAGUGGCUGGCCCUCCCCCACCCCACCCCUUCCCGAGGCACAGAGCAGUGGGGCAGGACCCGCAAGCCCUCACGGAGGCAGAGAAAAGAGAAAGUGUUUUAUAUACGGUACUUAUUUAAUAGUCCUUUUUAAUUAGAAAUUAAAAACAGUUAAUUUAAUUAAAGAGUAGGGUUUUUUUUUCAGUAUUCUUGGUUAAUAUUUAAUUUCAACUAUUUAUGAGAUGUAUCUCUCGCUCUCUUUAUUUGUACUUUGUGUGUGUGUGUGUGUGUGUGUGUGUGUGUGUGUGUAUGAAAUCUGUGUUUCCAAUCUCUCUCUCCCGGAUUGGUGACAGUCACUAGCUUGUCCUGAGAAGAGA